CUCCAGAGAAGAGAAACCGCACAUCUCCCGUUCUCGGGAAUCAGAGAAGCCGCGCUCAGCAGACACGACUUGUCUCGUCUUUUUUUUUUUUUUUAAGUUAAGGGUCAUUUUUGAAAAUACAAUGACGGCGUUCGGUUUGGAAAACACUUGUGAUCGAAGCUGCAGCGCGAAGGAGGAGAGAAAGCUAAGGAAGCCCUUGAUUGAAAAAAAGCGCCGAGAGCGAAUUAACUGCAGCCUGGAGCAGCUCAAAGGGAUCAUGGUGAACGCGUACAACCUGGAUCAAUCCAAGCUGGAGAAAGCGGACGUGCUGGAAAUCACCGUGCAGCACAUGGAGGGACUGCAGCGCGCGGGCCUGACCUCUGGUAAGGAGUGUGUCGAGGCGCAGCAGCGUUACAGCACGGGUUACAUCCACUGCAUGCACGAGGUGCACAACCUGCUGCUCACCUGCCAGGGACUGGACAAGAGCGCGGGCGCAUGCCUUCUUAACCACCUGCUCAAGUCUCUCCCCGAGAUCUCGAGCGAGUCAGCGCCGGGACCCCCCUCCUCCCUCUCCGCUUCACCGCUCUACCACAGCCUCCCUCCCUGCGUAGCGUCUCCCAGCCGCCAGCCCUCUCCGCUCCGCCACUACAGCGGCAGCCACGGCCUGGAAGUCGGUGAGAGCGAAUCCGUGACAACGCCGCCGGGCUCGCCGCGGGGCGUCCCGUCGCAACCGGGAAUCCAGCCGUUUCUAUCCAACGACCGUGCCAUGUGGAGACCGUGGUAACGACAACACCUGUCCGCACGCUUAUAAAGACUAGCAGAGAGUUCGUGUUGAUCCCGUGCGUGAAAGGGUUAACUCCGCACAGAGCCACCUGCGCCAGGAGCCACAGAACCAGCGCCGCCAAUCGCUGCUGUUUCAAUGAAGCCUGCUUGAGUGUGGAGCCCCGGGGAGUGUAUUCUGAGAUAUACACAGCAGUGUGUGUGUGUGUGUGUGUGUGUGUGUAUUUGUGAAGUCGAUGGAUUAUGUUUUCCAGUGUUUAAAUAAAAGUGUGCUGAUUU